AUUUAUAGUAUUAUGACAACGCCAAGUUUCGUCUUAUCUUCACGUGCGAUUAAUCAGUACGUUACACGCUAGUCUCUCCGUUGUCCUUCCAGAUUACUAAUCGUAACUAGUUAAAAAAAAUAAGACGAUUAUCUAUUAAUUAUGUGGUACACGCGUAGUAUAGCGUGCUUCUUUGACUCGAUUGCACGUAUUCCAGUCGAAUAGUCUGUAAGACGUGACGAUUGCAUACAUUCGCAAAUAUAUAUAUAUAUAUCUCUCUCUCUCUUUCUUUCUCUCUUUUUCAAAACAAUUAUUGUUCUGGUGAUAUGUUCUCUUCGUUGUUUGCACGAAGCAAAAUGUUUCGCAUAUAUGUACGAUGGUACAUCGGAUAUGUACCAUCUGUUCCGUUACUUUUGCAUGUUACAUUUAGUGGAAACAUUUGUCACAACAAGAAUAAUUAUUAACGUUGACAAUAAGCAAAUUACACCACUGUACGCGUCAAAGUGAUAUGGAAUUUCAUUGACAGAAGUUUUCGAAUAUUUUUUCUGUAUUUGGAAAUUGAUCGAAGUUUGUGUACGCGUGGAUGCAUGUUGCGUUGAAAUACAUAGGAAGAUCGAAAAGAUAUUUUUGUCGAGUCAACGAUCGAUCGAUCGAUCGAUUGAUCGAUCGAUCGACCAACCGACCGACCGACCGAUCGAUAGAUCGAUCUCUUCUCUUUUUUUCGUAUAAUCCAAACGUUCUUUCCCAUUAUUUUUUUUACACCUGUCGACGUUACGAACCAUAUACGAACGUACAUAACACUGGCUCUCUCUUUCUCUCGACGCCAAUGUACCACAGCGAUGCGAUGAACGCUUGAAUUUUUCGGAGAACGGGUUCACAAUAGCGGCGCAACGAGCAGAAAGCUGGUGAGUCAGCCUCCAUUCUUCCCUCUCCUCUUUUCCUCUUCCAUCUCUCUCUCUCUUUUUUUCUUUAUCUUUCUCGCACACUCAUUGCUAACCGGCUUGUCCUGUCCUUUUCUGUCUCUCUUGGUCGAUGUCCCUCACUCUCGCAGAUUUUCCUCGUCUUUCAUCGAAGAAAAGAGGAAUUAAAGGAUUGCCAAGAUGUCGGAGUAUUGCGAAUAUAUGUGGGAUCCGAGUGGUCACACAAGCACGGCACUCUCUCGGAGCAUUUACCAAGAAGAUGCGAGGUUGGACAAGCGAGACAAAAAGCUGGCCAUUAAAUCGGUCCGUGCGAUUCUUCGAGAGAUGCCGGAUGUGGACUUGAAACAUUGCACGGACGAAUAUAUUACGCGCUUCCUGCUCGCACGGAAGUAUCGAGCCGAGCAAGCAGCUGCUCUGAUAGCCGCUUAUCAAGCUCAGAUAGCUCAUCGACAGGAUAUUUUCGGUAAUCUCACUGCUCGUGAUCCUGCAUUGCAACGAGCCUUACGUGCUGGUAUACCCGGUGUUUUACCUGCUCGCGACAGGAAAGGCAGGUGCGUUUUGGUAAUCUUGGCUUCACAAUGGGAUCCAAUUGCGGUGCCAGCGUUAUCGGUUCAACGAGCUAUUUUUUUAGUCCUCGAAAUUCUAAUUCAAGAUCCAAGAAACCAGCAAUCCGGUUUCGUAGCUGUGGUCGAUUGGAGUGGAUUUUCUCUGCGGCAAGGCGGUGCAUUGGGUGCAGCAGCUCUUCGAAACUUGAUAGCUGCGCUUCGUGGUCGAUUUCCGGCCAGAUUCAAGGCUAUACACUUCCUUUCGGCGCCUUUAUACGUUCAAGCUACUUUAGCUCUUGUCAAACCUUUCCUGGAUGAAAAAACUCGUAAUAAGAUUUAUUUGCAUGGAAAUAAUCUUAGUACUCUCCACGAACAUCUCCCAACGGAUAUAUUACCUGCGGAAUUAGGGGGCACAGGGCCAUCCUUUAAUCCUGGCCUCUGGGCCGAGCCAGUCAUUCAUUCGGCAAUGAAGGAAGCUGAACUGGCAGCUUUGAAAAAGGAAAAGGAGCAAUUACAAGAUGAAAGAAACGAGAAUGCUUCUGAAAGACUGACAAACUUUGCCGACGACGACAAAGUCGUGGAAUCAAAGAACGUUGAAAAUUACAAAAGAAGCGAACCAGCUUUCGAGGAACACAAACACGAGAGAGAAAGUUUCAAGAGCUUUGGUAAAUCCUAUCGAAAUAACGGAGAUGGGAAAAGCGUGGAGCUAAGUUUGAUCAGAACUACGACUUCUUCCGAUUCAAAAAACGCGAACAAAGUAGAAGAACAGAAAGAUAGAACUCGUCUGAUAGAAGUUGCUGAAAGUAAUAACGGUAACGAAGCUAAAACCAAUGGGUUGGACAACAGAAUGGAUCAUUUAAGAGAAGUCGAUGACUUGGCGCUACUCGAGUUACAAUCCGAGACGAAUUCCAACGAAUUUGAAAUGAUUUCUAGUAGGCCUGACAGUGAGGAUAGCAAGGACAAUUCGUUAGAAAAUAGAUCGGAAAAGGUACUCAUUAGAACUGGAAAAAGUCAUACGCCAACGGAGGAAAUGAAUCUCAUUACGUAAAAGUGAUCUCUUUAUGUCGAUACUAAAUAUUUCCUCGAAGUAUGCGAUAACGAUUCUAGAUAAAUAUUAUACAAUUAGUUUUGUAUGUAAGGUUUUUAAGUGACACGCGGUAUAGUUGGAAAGAAAUAACAUUGAGUACAUUUGUCGAUACUUUGACGAUACAGUUGUUAAUGAACUUCUGUGAUGAUUUUUUUUUUUUGUUUUUUAAUGCAUUACACGUACUUAUAUAUUCUCUGACAGAUGAUCCUUGUUUUUGUGUGGACCAGUAUAAUACCGUAGCUUCCUAAAAUAUAAUUUUUACGUUAGAAAAGAAAUAAUGGAAAUUUGUUAAAAAUAAUUAUAGAGAAAAUAUUUACUCGUACGACAAGGACUGAUAUAUACAUAUAUGCUUUUAUGUAUGCUUGUAUGAGGCUACGUUCCACAAAUUAAUAGCCAAAUUGAAGCUGAUACCGUAUUUAUGAAGUUCCUUUAUUGUAUUAAUAAAAACAGUGUUUUUUUUUUAUUGUCUAUUUAAACUGCUUUAAAUUUAGGUCAGAUACAUAGAUCCAUGCGUUUAAAUAUUUUUAAAUAUAUUAUCUAUUUCGUACGGACGUAUGGUAAGCUCUUUCCAAAAUUAUUAAAAAUUAUACGAGAUACGUCAAGGCAUUUUCCAGAAAUUGUAUUCGUUGUACUUGUAAAUAUGUAAUAAAUUAUUUAUUCCACGAACUCUCGAUCGCAGAACUUCAAAUACUUCAUGUAUUUAUUAAGAAUGUAUAAUCUUAAAAGCACGAACAACUCCAUUUAAAAAAUGUAUUUGUGAUGAUAAAAAUGAAAAUAUAUUUUCGAACAAAAGAAA